UAAUGGGAGGUUGCUGCAUAUAGGAAAACCACAGUGUAGUGAUACAGGGAUCCUGCAAAAACAUCGUCUUUCGGAUAUCAUAAAUUUAUGAAUGACUUCUCAUAUUCCAAAGGUCGGGAAGAAUUCUGAGCUUGAGUGUAUGAAUCGUAAUGAUCACGUCAUGUGGACCUAGUCUUCCCAAAUGGAUGGUUUGCCUACUCAAACAGCUGGGAUGAGGUUUAGGUAUAAGAGAGCCUUAUCGGCGAUAUCGAUCUGCUGUGGGAUUGGUUUUCUAUGGUGUAUGUACCAGUUUGCGACAAUACAAGAUUUAUCCAAAUACGAAAGAGCUGUAGGAGACAUCCGUAUGUUUGAUGUACCUGGACCGCAUUUCUUCCAAAGCAUCAACAGCAUAUCUGAUGUGUUACGUGUUCCCCAUUCUGCCAGAGAUUCAAAUCCUCAUCUCCUUCGAACUGCUCUACAGAGAUACAACGCUUACACACAACUUUCUGUAUCUGACCCUGACCAUUUCUUCUCUGUAAAUAACUCUAAAAUUGAAAUCCAAUUGGGUCCUUUCCAAGUUGGCGACACGCUGAAGGUUCGGAUAAUUUUAUACGAUAAUAUUGGGGCACCGAUAGCCACAGGAGGAGAUCACAUAAGAAUAUGGUUAAGGCAGAAAUCGACUAAGUCUAAUGUUAACGGGUAUACGAUAGACCAUGGUGAUGGAACGUAUACAGGAGUAUUGACCUUGCCUUGGGCAGGGUCACCAGAGGUUAUAGUAUCUAUGGGCAAUACAAGAGAGCACAUUGCAUUCUUUUUAAAUACCACCGAAACACAUGGACUACUCUAUGAAAUGAGUUCGCAAUUCAUCAGCUCAGAUGGAAAGCACAAGGAAGCCACAAAGUGCAGUCCAUUGUUUGAGGGACUUUCAGGCUGUCACGAAAGCUCCGGAUGCAAUUUGACUGAAAUAAAUUAUGGAAUACCGUGGUUCUGUUGUCAGCCAAAAUCGCGGCAUUUGGAUUGUAAUGAUAUGAAAAAAAUCAAGUGCUCUGAUGAAACGAACUUUUUGAAUACGGAUAUGAUAACAGUAUCUGAUGUACGACAUGUCAAAUUCCCUCCAAUAAAGAUUAAAGUCAGCGAGGGUAAGGUGAAUAGCCUGCAAUCGCCACCUGGCACGUGCUAUGAUCGACCCCGAGCUGACACGUGGGAAGAUUCCAUUCCUGCGGGUUACUAUUUCCACAACCAAUGGGUUAACCUCCAUUGUUCACCAAAGUUCCGGUCCGGAGAUUACAUAUCAUGUUUCAGAAAUAAACGAUUCGUUGUGCUUGGAGAUUCAAACAGUCGAGGAACAUUUGUCCAAUUGGUCACCAUGUCAGGAUCUACCUAUAACACCUCUGAAUACACAAAAGGAGACCGUUGGCAUAAGCUUCUUGAGGCGCAUAACAAAGACUUGAACUUAGAACUUAUGUGGGCUCCUCACAAUGCCCCCUUAUUUGUGAAAGAUUAUCAGGGACUUGACACCAUGCGGUCAGUAGGCAGCUGGUUAGACGAAAUAACGGCUGACCGGCCAAUAGUUGUGGUCAUUCACUUUUACUACCAUUUAACGAAAGCCACAAUCGCUGUGUAUAAAGCUAUGGUCAGAGACGCACGCAAGGCCUUGCUGAGGCUUUGGAAGAGAGCCCCGGACACAGCUGUCUUUAUCCAAGGUCCUCACUCAAUCACAUACACGUCUGUGCUGGAACCUCUCGACUACCUUCGUCGAUGUCACGGCCAAAUUUGGUAUGAAGAAUUCAAAGGACUACAUGAUAGAAUCGUCUAUCUUGACUGGUGGGAUAUGACGGUUUCUUCCGAAAACGUCGACGUUCAUCCUUCGGAGGACGUCCAGAUGGACUUAACAAGAGUUCUUGUAUCGUAUUUAUGUCCAAGUCAUUGAAACGCUUGUUGCUAGUUAUCAGUAUUUCUUUUUAUGUUAUCAUAGUCGCUGACACGUUUAUUUUUGUGAUCAUAAUUAUUAUUCGCUUAUUUUGGGUUGUCAUAAUCUCCUAUUCGUUGAUUUUUAUUUAUCGGGGUCACGGAUACGUUUGUUUCUAAUGAGCUAAUCGCUGAUACAUUUUUAAGGUUAUCCUUAUCGCCGACACGUGCGCUUCUCCUAAUCUUAAUACAUUUACCAUGGCCUUGUUGUUUUUAUAGUUAAACAUAUUUGGCUUACACAUAAUUUCUAAAACUGCCAAGCACGAUAGGAAAAUAUUGUUUUAAUAUCCAAUCAAAUUGCUUCCAUGCAGAUUUAUAAAUAUUAAAGCGACAAAGUACAAAUUUGGCUUCAUGAUCAAAUUUAUGUUUACACCUUUAACAAAAUCUCCCAACCCAAUGCUGUAUGUGAUGUCCAAUUAAUUAUAAAUACUAUUAACUCUGUGGUUGUUAAAGUUGUGAACUAAGCCAAUAAUGUGUCGGUUUGAGUAUUUCAAUGUAUUUUUUUAUUCAUAAUCGUAUGUAGUAUCAUCCAAAAUUGACGUCUUGCUGAGAGUACAAGAUCUUUUUAUAGUAUUCGUAUCGUAUUUAUGUAGAUGUGAGUGCAAUAUGACGAAUAUUAUGAAUAAAUAUA